AUGGCCCUUACCGCCCAGCAGAUCGCCACGGUCAAGUCGACGGCGCCCGUGGUCAAGCAGUAUGGCAAAACCAUCACCACCACCUUCUACAAGAACAUGCUCAGCGCCCACCCAGAGCUAAAAAACUACUUUUCUCUCAAGAACCAGCAGAGCGGCGCCCAGUCCGCCGCCCUGGCCAACGCCGUCUUUGCCUACGCCGCUUAUAUUGAUGACCUGCCCAAGCUGAGCGGCGCCGUCGAGCGCAUCGCCCAGAAGCACGCCUCGCUCUUCAUCAAGCCCGACCAGUACCCGAUUGUGGGCAAGUACCUGGUCGGCGCCUUUGCAGAGGUUCUCGGCAACGCGCUGACGCCCGAGAUCGCCGAGGCCUGGAUCGCCGCCUACGGCCAGCUCGCCGACAUCUUCAUCCAGCGGGAGAAGCAGCUCUACAGCGACGCGGGCGCGUGGCAGGGCUGGCGCCCCUUCAAGAUUGCCGCCAAGGAGGUCGAGACGGACAACAUCAUCAGCGUCUACCUGGAGCCCGUCGACGGCAAGCCCCUGCCGGCCUUCCGCCCGGGCCAGUACGUCUCGCUGCAGAUCCCCCUGCCCGAGCUGGACGGGCUCCUGCAGAACCGCCAGUUCAGCCUGAGCGUCGCGCCCGAGGAGGGCAUGAGCCAGUACCGCGUGUCCGUCAAGAAGGAGGCCAUCGAGCCCUACACCACCGAGGACCUCGCCGAGGGCAGGGUCUCGGGCAUCGUCUGCAACCGCCUGCACGACCGGUACCAGGUCGGCGACGUCGUCAACGUCAGCCCGCCGCGCGGCGAGUUCUUCUUUGACGACGCCGCCGUUUCUCCCACCGCCCCCGUCGUCCUCUUGUCGGCCGGCGUCGGUGCCACGCCGCUCAUGUCCAUCCUCGACUCGAUUAUGAAGUCGUCCAAUGCCGAGAGGCCCGUCACCUGGGCGCAUGCCGCUCGUCACGCCCACUCGGUGUGCUUUGGCAAGCAUAUCCGCGACCUGGCUGCUUCCGCUCGCAACGUCCGGUCCGCCCUGUUCGUCAAGAACAUCAAGGACGUGGACGAGGAGGGCAGGCACUACGACUUUGCUGGCUCAAUGGACAUUGACAAGCUUGCCGAGGAGGGCGCCCUGUACUUGGACGACAAGACGGCAGAGUACUACCUCUGCGGCCCGGAGGAGUGGAUGAUCAAGAUGAGGGACGAGUUGACGAGCAAGGGGGUCCAUGUGGACAAGGUGCAUCUCGAGGUCUUUAGGACGGGAGAUGUCUAG